AGCCGCCAGGUUGAGCCUAUCCGCUGCGGGGAGGGCGGGACUUCCUGCGCGGGGGCCCGAACCGCUCCGUCUCCCUGCUCUCCGUGGUCCCGGAUCGCGUGUAGCGGCAGCGGCGGCGUCUCCGUGAGGAGGCGCGCGGGGCCAUGACGUCAGCGUCCACAAAGGUCGGAGAGAUCUUCUCGGCGGCCGGCGCCGCCUUCACGAAGCUUGGGGAGCUGACGAUGCAGCUGCAUCCCGUGGCCGACUCUUCCCCUGCGGGUGCGAAGUGGACGGAGACGGAAAUAGAGAUGCUGAGGGCUGCUGUGAAGCGAUUUGGGGACGAUCUUAAUCACAUCAGCUGUGUCAUCAAGGAACGGACAGUGGCUCAGAUAAAGGCCACUGUGAAACGCAAGGUAUAUGAAGAUUCUGGCAUCCCCCUUCCAGCUGAGUCACCCAAGAAAGGGCCCAAGAAGGUGGCAUCUGGUGUCUUGUCACCUCCUCCAGCUGCCCCUCCUCCCAGCAGCUCCAGUGUCCCUGAGGCCGGGGGUCCCCCCGUAAAGAAACAGAAGGCUGAUGUGACACUCAGUGCUCUGAACGACUCCGACGCCAACAGUGACCUGGUGGAUAUUGAAGGGCUAGGAGAAACUCCUCCAGCUAAGAAACUGAGCUUCGACCAGGGUAGGAGUCCUCCUCCUCCCACACAGCUGACGGGGUUGGGGAGAAAGGGCUCACCUGGAUGGCAGGGCACGGUCUCCGCAGGGGCCCCUCCCUUGUAUAGGGGUUUCAGAAGAGAAGGUGCUCUCAUACACAGCGCAGGACAUUGCAUCAACAGCCUGACCCUGGAUUCUGGCCUUCUCAUGACCUCUGCUGAUCCUCCUCUCCUCUCCUGCUGAGCCUUCCACCUCUGACCUCUCACUGUUCAUUGCUGGACCUGUGGAUCUCCUGGGACUCCGAGCAAGGCCUGCACGAGAGAGGGCUGAAAGGCUGCUGGGGCUGCCACCUUGCUAUUCCCGCAUAAGCAUCUGCCCCCAAACCCCUUUGACCUUCAUCUGAUGGACAUUUUUAUACAGAAAACAAUAAAGAUUUCCCUCUCA